AUGUCUGAAAAUCUCUGGAAACGUCUGGAAAAGGCCUUGGAAUUUCUUGAAAGGAUACUAUUAGUUAAGCAGUAUCUAGUUGUAAAACCACCAACACUCUAUUUGCAUUUCAGUGCUGGUGUUGGAAGAACCGGAGUGUUUAUAACAUUAAGUAUAGUUUUGGAAAGGAUGCAAUACGAAGGUGUGGUGGACGUGUUUCAAACUGCAAGACUAUUGUCGACUCAGAGGCCUGCUAUGAUACAGUCAGAGGAUCAAUAUCAGUUUUGUUAUCGAGCAGCUCUCGAAUAUCUAGAAUCGUUCGAUCAUUACAGAAACUAAAUGUAGAAACCUAAGCAGCCGUAUUUUUAAUUUAAUUGGUGACAGAAGCUGACAAUAACUGCCUCAUGCAUCUAUCCAGGCUCUUUCAUUUUCUACAUCACGGUAUUGCUAUCAUUGUAGGCAAGCAUCCACUUAAGGCAGUUUUGGCCGUGGGUAUCCCCACAGUGUAUCUAACACAGUCCCAAAGUGAGUAGCCGUUUGUAACUGUGAUAUCAAGAGCUAUAGCCGUAUGGUUAUAACCCUCACCACCAAACGAACCAGUUAUAAACAGCGGUGAUAGGGCCGUCCUGCUAAAUUGAAAUUAUUGUUACUAAGUGCUUAAACCUCAUGCGUCAAGAAAAAGCGAGGUAGUAUCUGGUAUUAUUUUCAUUUAUUUCAAUCAAGACACUAUUUGCCCAGGCUGAAGAUCCAAUGGCAGAUAUGGAAGUGCGUCAAUUGUAACUGGAAACUUUCACAGAGAAUGCCACAAAAAAUUUCGCAAUUAUUGUUGUUGGCUUGUUACAGCAAACAAAAGAAUAUCUUGAAUAUUCAAAAGUUGAAGAGCAGGAGAAAUGGGAAAAGCUUCCGAUGUUGCAAAAAAAAGGAUAGAAUGGAAUGUGUCAAAACGACGAAAAUAGUUAGUAGUAAAUAUAUUAUGUACAUACAUAUAAAAUUUUAAUAAAUGUUUGAUUUUUAUUGAUCUA